AGAUUAUAUCCGUGCGCCUGUAUCUUUAUCACUCUCACGCGUGCAUUGCACCUUUUGGUACUGACUUCCAUCAGGCGGAUUGCCUUUUGAUCAUUGGAUGAUAAGAUGAAUGGAUCAUCAUCAUUCAAACCCUCAGGAAGUGUGACUUCACGCUUUGUGAGCCAAAAUGAUCUAGAGGAAGCACAAAAGAGGAGGGAAGAAGAAGUUCGUGCAACGUAUGCAAGGCUAGGACAAAGUCCACCUCCUGAAGCAUUGGCAGCCGCACGAAGGGAAGCAGGCGGAAGUGAUGGAUCUACGUAUGAUCCACGAAGCUUGUACGAAAGGUUAAAAGCAAACAAAGAUGCCAAACAAGAAGCAAUAGAUGAAAAGUUAAAAUUAGGCAAUCAAUUCAGAGGAAUAGAUGAUAGUGAAAGUGUGUUCUUAGCACAAGUUGCACAACAAAAGAAGGAAGCAGAACGACUUAAACAAAAAGAAACAGAAGAUGAAUUGGAAAGAUUUCGAAAGGCUGCCUUGGCAAAAGAAGCUUCUUCUCCUACACUACCUGCAAAGACAACCCCACCAACACCUGCCUCAGGAGCGAGUAAGGGUAAGGCAGCGAAGAGGAAGCGGGAAGGACUAUUGGGUGUGGUAAAGAAGAAGAAAGUACAGAGCGAAGAAAAGAAAGAAAGUGUUGAGAAGAGCAAAGAAGAGAACAAGAAGGAUUAAUAGAGCGUGAAUACUCCAUUUGGACGAACUGGCACAUAGCAUACCUGUACACUACAUGCAUUUUUGACUCAUGACCCUGUAAUUCUAUCCCAUCAAUCUCAAUUCUUUAUGCAAG